AAGUACUCGAAAAAUUAUUAGAUUCCUUCGUUUCUGUUCCUUCCUGCAUACCUACCUCAGUACUUAUCGCUAGUCUAAACAAUUUAGAUAAGUAAAUGUCUAGAUUACUUUUUAUAUUAGAUUGCUUUUAAUUGGAAGCGUGUCGCCCUUUUAGUUUAAUUAGAUUUUUUUGUUUUCGGAGAAACGUAGACAAGGUCUUUCGAAACGUGUGCAGGUACUAUUACGUACCACCUAUUAAAUUGUAUUAUCAAAACGAACGAGAGAUAACUCGGAUGCUAGGUUGCUAUACACGAAAGUUGGUUCUAUACUUAUAUGAAAUCAGUCCGUGCAAAAAUCGAGAUAGAACGAAUGAGCGUCUUUUGGAAAGAGUGUCAAGCUUAUGAAAGGGUGUUCGGUGUGGGUGACCGAGGGUUGAAGGGCGGUGUGCGCUGCCGAGGGUUAGUUAGGGGCGAGAGGCGUGGCUUGGCGGAAUCCCCACUACGAGUUUUGUUUUCGUACAACCUUGCCCGGAAAUGUGGUGGCUUGAAUCAUCAUUGUUCUUGUCAAGAUAAUGUUGGUAUAACAUUUAUAGAAUACAGAAGCUUUGGCGCCAGUGACCGUGUUGGGAGUGGUGAUGGUGAAUCGGAGACAUUUUUUUACGGAUUUACAUGACCAGUGCUUGUGUGUAAGAAAACUAAUUUAAGAAAUGUCAACGUGAAAGAACAAUGAGUUGCACAAUAAACGCGAAACAAGGUAAAAUAACAGCAGAUAAAGUAAGCGCAAUCCAAAUAAAUUAAGUAAAAUCUAAGAGAUAACGUUCCACCUACAUCGAAUCACGUAAUAUGCAAAAUAAAUAAAUAAGAUGAUAAAGAUCUGCUCUUCUUUCACAACGAUUCUCGUUCGUUAGUAGAAAAAUCGCAACGAUAUAUCUAUGCUAAUGAUGUACAAUGGCAAUCGCCUGUUGGCGUCUUGCACCAAUAACAACAACAACAUCAACAAAAACAACCACCAGCCGCUCGUAGAAGAGAAAUAUUCCAGCAGCGAAACGCCGCUCGAUCUUCGUGGACCGACGACCACUUCAGAACUCGAAGAGCCGAAAGAUUCCAUCAUCGGCAGCAAGUCGUCGGGAAAGAAAGCCCAAAACUUAAUAAAACCACCCUACUCCUAUAUCGCCCUCAUUACCAUGGCGAUCUUGCAGUCGCCCCAGAAGAAACUCACGCUUAGUGGCAUUUGCGAAUUCAUCAUGUCUCGUUUUCAAUACUACAGGGAGAAGUUCCCGGCGUGGCAAAACUCCAUCAGGCAUAAUCUUUCGUUGAACGACUGCUUCAUCAAGAUUCCAAGAGAGCCGGGCAAUCCCGGCAAGGGAAAUUACUGGACGCUAGAUCCACUCGCCGAAGAUAUGUUCGACAACGGAAGCUUCUUGCGAAGACGGAAGCGUUACAAGAGACCCUCGCCGGCGGCUUUGAUGCUCCGCGAUCACCACAACAGUGCCAUGGUGGCUUCAUUUCUAAAUCAAGAAAAUUAUCAGCACGGGUUGUUUCCCCAUCCGGGUCUUCAUGCGAGUCCCUAUCCGUACAUUCCUGCGAUUCCCAGUGGAAUGCCGCUACUGCCUCCGAUGAACUUGUCGCGGUUGAACAUGACCCAUCUGGGUCUCCUACCUCAGCCUAAUACAAUUUGUAAACCUGUACCGGUAACUCCCACUAGUGUUCAGCACACCCUCAACGAUACCGAAGAAUAUUUCGCCAGUGAAAUAUACAAAAAAGCGAAAAAUGUCUUUUCCAUAGAUGCAAUAAUUGGUAACGAAGACGAUUCGCAAAGUAAACCGUUGCCGUUGGUAAAAGGUCGCGGAGAUAUCGGCGUUGAGGUGACGAAGCCGAAAGUUUUACCUCCCCAUAGUCAAGUGUCCGCGUUCGCUCCACUUGUCCCCCCGACGGAGGAAUGGACCAGGUGAAAUUGGUUUCUUUAAAACACUGUUAGUGACUUUUUGUGAUUUACGAAUAAAAUGAUGUAUGUAUGUAUGUAUAUUGAAGUCUAAUACAAAACAGAACGAUUUAUUUUUAACAAAAUGAGAAAAGGUAAAGGAAUCAAUUAGUAUGCUUGCCUUGGAUUUCGUUGACAUUUUAGUAUGUUGAGCGGUCCGUCACUAUAAUCUGAACUUUAUGAUCCUAAACAAUCAAACAAAAAAGCAUCCUUUUCGAUUAUAGUUUUGUUUUGGUAGAAAAAGACAACACAAACGAAGUGAACCGUACAAUUCUUUUGUCAAGUUAUGCUGGAUUAGACUUUAUGAUCCUAAACAAUCAGAUAAAAGCAUCCUGUUCUUUUAUAGUUUUGUUUUGAUAGAAAAAGACAACACAAACGAAGUGAACCGUACAAUUCUUUUGUCAAGUUAUGCUGGAUUAGGGUUGGUUCAACUUUCCUUAUGUAUUUCUUUUUGCGAAAUUGGAUGACGUGAGUAUGUAGGUGUGCUAAUCGAGAACUUUACCCAAAAAAAGAAGGCUGACAUAAGUACUUACCUACUGUAAUACCUAAACAGAUACGAUUUCGAACGAUUCGCACUAUUACUGCGCUUUAUCAUUGAUUCAUGCGAAGGUAUUACCUACCUAAUAUACAUAACGACAUUGUAUUUACUAAUUAAGAAUAAUAAUGCGUACUUUUUGAAUGGUUUUAAUUUAUUUGUGAUUUUAUUUUAAUAUAAAACUUUAUGGUAUCUAUAUUAUUAUCGUACUUAUAAUGAUAAUUAGACAAAUGCAUAGUUUAAAUAAUAUAGAAGAAGAAGGUACAUGCCUACUUGUAACUAACUAAUGAAUUGUUUUAUUGUUCGUCCAAAGAUAUUUAUUUGUUCUUUUUUAUUUUAAUAAAACUUAUUUCGAGUACCUACUUGGUGUAUUGUAUAAUUAUUAUUGUUAGUAGAUAUAUAGGGACGCUUAUCUAUUUAACUAAUCAAACUGCUUAAAAAUCAGACCGCAUAAAAAAUUAAUUGCGCAAGCAAUUUAUCUACAAUCUAGAAUCAAUU